GAAGAGGAGGUCGAGCCAGAUUUCCCUGCGGAUACUCCCAGUGUUUUGCAGUCCUGAGCUCAGCUAACAAUCCCUGGACUCUCCUUGAGUCUGGAUCUCAGCAUAACAGGCCAGUGUGGCACAUACACCUCCCUGAACCGUCUCUCGGGCCGGCCAUCCAGGGUCCUUCCCCUCAGUAUCUGAGGCCCUCCCUGGGAGAGUUGUCUCCUGAAGAGUACCCACCUCUAACAUCCCUGGUGGGAUCUGUUCUUUUGCAGCACAUUCCCAUUGGCAUGAUUCAAGAGUAGCGAUGGAUCCUGAAGGGAUACGUAUCCAAGAUGAUCCCCAUGUCAAGGUGAUGAUGGCAGGGUCGACUCUGAGAAAAGUGAAGUCCCGUUCAUGGAAGAAGCAGCGGCAUUUCCGGCUCCUGGAGGACGGCCUGACGAUCUGGUACAAGUCCAGAUGGGCCGGGAGAGGCCACUCCACUUUCUCGAUUACCGAGGUGGAGGCCGUGCGGGAGGGCCACCAGUCGGAGGUCCUGCUGAGCAUCGCUGAGGAGUUCCCCGCAGACCUCUGCUUCACCUUGGUGUUUCAGGGCCGCCAGGGCAACCUGGACCUCGUGGCAGAUUCGCCAGAGGAGGCCCAGGCCUGGAUCCAGGGAGUGCGCAAGCUGAUUCACAAGACUCAAACGAUGGACGAGAAGGAGAGGCUGGACCAGUGGGUCUGGGACUGGUUUCAGAAAGCUGACAAAAACAAAGACGGGAAGAUGAAUUUCAAAGAGGUACGGAAACUGCUGAAGAUGAUGAACGUAGACAUGAACGAGGAACAUGCUCUGCACCUCUUCACGAUGGCUGACAAGUCAGAGAGCGGCGCGUUGGAAAUCGAGCAGUUCGUCCACUUCUAUAAGAUGCUGACUCAGAGGGACGAGGUGUGGAAGGUGUUCCAGGACAACUCCGCAGAUGGAGAGAGGCUAAUGUUGGAGGAGCUCGAGAACUUCCUGAGGACUGAGCAGCAGGAGGGGGAGCAGAGUACCCAGCAUGCCCUGCAGCUGAUUGACAGCUAUGAACCGUCUGAAUCAGCCAAGAAGCAAAGAGCCAUGUCGUUUGACGGCUUCCAGAUGUACCUCUGCUCACAGGAGGGCUCCAUAUUUAAACCUGAGCAUCGGGUGCUUUACCAGGACAUGAGCCAGCCGCUGAGCCACUACUUCAUCUCCUCCUCACACAACACCUACCUGCUGGAGGACCAGCUCCGAGGACAGAGCAGCCUGGAGGCGUACAUCCAGGCCCUGAAGAGGGGCUGCCGUUGCGUUGAGGUGGACUGCUGGGACGGCAGUGACGGGGAACCCGUUGUGUAUCAUGGCCACACUUUGACUUCCAAGAUUCUUUUCAGAGACGUCAUUUCGACAGUGAAAGAAUACGCCUUCAAGGUAUCGGACUUCCCGGUCAUCCUGUCCCUUGAGAAUCACUGCGGUGUGGAGCAGCAGACAGUCAUGGCCCGUCACCUUACUCAAAUCUUGGGCGGCGCAUUACUGACCACCCUGCUGGAUGGUCCAAUCCCUGAACUGCUUCCUUCUCCACAGGAGCUGAAGGGGAAGAUUUUGCUGAAAGCCAAGAAGAUUGGUGGCCUAGAAGGCUGUCUGGACGAAACCCUGACAGAUGAAGUUAGUGACGAGGAAGAGGUGGCUAAUGGUGAUGCUGAGGGUGCGGAAGACCCACCGGCUGAGUGUUUGAACCACAAUGCAAAGAAGUCCAAGUCCAAGCUGUCCAGGGAGCUGUCAGACUUGGUGGUUUACUGCAAGAGUGUGCACUUCCAUGGCUUUGAGCAUGCUCGUUUACACGGCAAAUGCUAUGAGAUGUCCUCAUUUUCUGAAUCCAAGGCUAAGAGGCUCACUAAGGAAGCAGGGACGGAUUUUGUGCACUACAACACCAGGCAGCUGAGCAGGAUCUACCCCAGUGGCCUCAGGACAGAUUCCUCCAACUAUAACCCUCGAGAAAUGUGGAAUGUGGGCUGCCAGAUAGUGGCUUUGAACUUCCAGACAGCUGGUCUGGAAAUGGAUCUGAACGACGGGCUGUUCAGGCAGAACGGCUGCUGUGGUUACGUCCUCAAGCCUGACUUCUUGAGAGAUGCCAACACUCAGUUCAGCCCAGAGAAACCAGAGGGGCGACAAGACUACAAACCACUCCGCUUAUCCAUACAGGUGAUCAGUGGGCAACAGCUACCAAAGGUGAAUCAGAAAGAGGGCUCUAUUGUAGACCCCUUGGUCAGAGUGGAGAUCUAUGGAACGCCACAGGACCAGACCAAGGAGGAGACCAGUCACAUUAACAACAAUGGUUUUAACCCAGUGUGGAAUGAAACUUUAAAUUUCGUCAUCCACACCCCUGAGCUGGCCCUCGUUCGCUUUGUGGUGGAGGACUACGAUAAGGCGUCCAGGAACGACUUCAUUGGACAGUUCACGCUUCCCUUUACGUGCAUCCAAGCAGGAUACCGUCACAUACAUCUACUCUCGAAAGACGGAACAGCCAUCCCUCCAUCCUCGCUCUUUGUCAACAUCAGCAUCUCAGAGCUCACAUGAAGAAGUCAAAGCCAAAGAUAUGAAACCAGAGGUGGUCACGCCCUGUGUUUUCAUUUGCCUGAUGAAGGAUGAGAACAGCAUGCACCGAUGCUUUUAGCUCAUUCUGAGCAUUAGGGUGCCUGCAGGGUUCUGGAAAAUGCAUCAUAUUGAACAUUCCCCACUUAUAGCAGUAAUAGCAGUCAGCUGGUAAAAUCAGAAAUCAGACUCGGUCCAUUGACUUUCAGCGUUAUUCACUCAAACAAGGAUGUUGUGUCACUGCCAAUCAUUUUUGGCAGUGACAGAAUAGGGUUUGAUGCAUCUCCUUCACCAGAUUCACCAAGAAUUAGACCAGUAGUCAGAAACAGGGACCGUCCAUGUCCAAGUUUAAAGGAACAUGUCUGCCUGUGUUUAUUUAUGUUCUCAGUCAACUGUGGGCAAUUCUUAAUUCGACUUUUUCUGGAACUAUUGCCUGCAAGCUUUUUAUUGGUCAUUGUCUAUGAAUGGAGGAACACGAAGGACUGCUGCAUGCCUUAAUACAGCUGUUUGCCUUUAAAUGUGCUAAGCUGUGUAUCUGGAUGUACCCAGGAAAUAAGUAGAAUUGUAUGGUAACAGUUUUAAAACAUUAUAAAACAGGACAAAAUGCCUCAUACCAGUAUCAUAAAACUACAAUGUAGUACUCAUACCUUUACAUCAUGCUGUUCUACAAUUAAGUGCUUGUUUGAGUUAUAUCUAUUUACAACUGUACAAAAUGGUGAUGUUGUGCAUAAUGUAAAUGUGUGUAUGUACAUACACUACAGGCCUGGAAAUAUAUGCAGUACAUUUUCUGAAUGGUUCAGCAUCAUGGAGUAAAAUUCAAACAGUUUGGACUCACUCAUUGUUCAAGUUCAUUUAUUUACUGGAUAUACUACAGCUCUUUAUCACAAGCAAAUAUCCAAGGAUUUACAAUGAAGCACUCAGUACACACAUUCUUUUUAAUCCACAUUCUCUCACUUUUAACUAUGUGUCUGAUUGGCCUUUUACAGCACAAUAAAAUCAAGUGGUCGAACACAACUAAGAUUCCAAAAGAGUUCCAAAACAUGAAUAAAAACAAUGCAGUCAUUUGCAAACUGUAUUUACCAACCAGUUUUCUGAAGUGUUCCUGAGUCCAUGUAUUAAUCUCCUUUAUCCAAUCAUGUGCUCACAAAGUGAUGAACCUCGCUCCAUCCUCACUGUGAACCACUGAGCCUUUCCAGGAUGCUCCUUUCAUACCAUCAUGAUAAUAUCACCUUCCCUGUGUUUACCUGUGGAAUGUUCCAAACAGGUGUUUUUGGAGCGUUCCACAUCUUUCCCAGUCUGUUGUUGCUCCUGUCCCAACUUGUUUAAAACGUGUUGCUGC